CAAAUACUGUGACCUAUUUAUGGUCUCAGAAACAAAUACCUUACACAUAUAAUGUCUAAUACUUCCUGACCUUUCUUAAUGAGAGAAGCUCUAAUCCUGACACUACUUAUCAUUUUCAAAUUAAAAUCAUCAUUAAUUUCAAAGUCAAUUAACUGGUUUAUAUAAAUCAGGCACUGUGAUUAUUAGUUCAUAUUAUUUAUUGUUAUUGUAACCAUAAAAAACUGUUAAUGGUGAAUACUGUUUCUCACUAUAAAAUAGGCCUAUCCCACUGGUGGGAUACAUGCCAACUCCAAAGAAAAGCUAAUCAUGUGGUUUUCAGAAGAUGAAAGCUUAAGAUAAAGACCGAGAGUUGAUGCUGGAGGUGGGAGUGGUAUUACAUAGGUCUUAGCCAAAACAUGUGAUAGUCACUGAAGGGGUAGCUGGAAAGAGAAGUGUGUGGCUCAAUUAAUUACACAGCUGAAACAGACCUUGUAAGGACUAGAGGAAGAAUGAUUCUGGCUGUGUUGUACUGCCUGCUGUGGAGUUUCCAGACCUCCACUGGCCAUUUUCCUCGAGCCUGUACAUCCUCCAAGAAUCUGAUGGAGAAAGAAUGCUGCCCACCAUGGAGGGGUGACGGGAGUCCCUGUGGCCAGCUUUCAGGCAGAGGUUCCUGUCAGAACAUUGUUCUGUCCAACGCACCACUUGGACCUCAAUUCCCCUUCACAGGGGUGGAUGACCGGGAGGCUUGGCCCUCUGUCUUUUAUAACAGGACCUGCCAGUGCUUUGGCAACUUCAUGGGAUUUAACUGUGGAAAUUGCAAGUUUGGCUUUUGGGGACCAAAGUGCACAGAGAAGCGACUCUCAGUGAGAAGAAACAUCUUUGAUUUGAGUAUCCCAGAGAAGAAUAAAUUUCUUGCCUAUCUCACUCUAGCGAAGCAUACCACCAGCCCAGACUAUGUCAUCCCCACAGGCACCUAUGGCCAAAUGAAUAAUGGAUCAACACCCAUGUUUAAUGACAUCAACAUUUAUGAUCUCUUUGUCUGGAUGCAUUAUUAUGUAUCAAGGGAUACAUUCCUUGGAGGAUCUGAAAUCUGGAGAGACAUUGAUUUUGCUCAUGAAGCACCGGGUUUCCUCCCUUGGCAUAGACUCUUCUUGUUGUUGUGGGAACAAGAAAUCCAGAAGCUGACAGGGGAUGAGAACUUCACCAUUCCAUACUGGGAUUGGCGAGAUGCUGAAAACUGUGACGUUUGCACAGAUGAGUACAUGGGAGGGCGCAACCCAGCAAACCCUAACUUACUCAGCCCAGCAUCCUUCUUCUCCUCUUGGCAGAUCAUCUGUAGCCACUUGGAGGAGUACAACAGCCGUCAGGCUUUAUGCAAUGGAACUCCCGAGGGACCAUUACUGCGUAAUCCCGGAAACCAUGACAAAGCCAGGACCCCGAGGCUUCCCUCCUCAGCUGAUGUGGAAUUUUGCCUGAGUUUGACCCAGUAUGAAUCAGGUUCCAUGGAUAAAACUGCCAACUUCAGCUUUAGAAAUACACUGGAAGGAUAUGCUAGUCCACUUACUGGAAUAGCAGAUGCCUCUCAAAGCAGUCUGCAUAAUGCCUUGCACAUGUAUAUGAAUGGAACAAUGUCUCAGGUACAGGGAUCUGCCAACGAUCCCAUUUUUCUUCUUCACCAUACAUUUGUGGACAGUAUUUUUGAACAGUGGCUCCGAAAGCACCGACCUCUUCAAGAAGUUUAUCCAGAAGCCAAUGCACCCAUUGGACAUAACCGGGAAUCCUACAUGGUUCCUUUUAUACCUCUCUAUAGAAAUGGUGAUUUCUUUAUUUCAUCCAGAGACCUGGGCUAUGAGUAUAGCUACCUACAAGAUUCAGAACCGGACUUUUUUCAAGAUUACAUUAAGCCCUACUUAGAACAAGCAAGUCGGAUCUGGCCAUGGCUCAUUGGGGCAGCUGUUGUGGGGUCUGUCCUCACUGCUGUGCUGGGAGGGAUUACUAUCCUGAUACGUCGUCAUCGCAAGAGAAAGCAGCUCUCUGAAGAAAACCAGCCACUCCUCAUGGAAAAGGAGGAUUACCACAGCUUGUUGGAUCAGAGCCAUUUAUAAAAGGCUUAGGCAACUGAGUAGAGCCAAAAAGCCUGACUUCACUCUAACUCAAACGAUGUUCAAGUCUCCAAAAGAUGUCCCAACAGAAAUCCCUGGUAUUUGUCUAUUAAGGCCAUUAUUAGAACUGUAAUCUAAUGCAAAGUAUACCCUACUUCUAACUCAGGUAAAACACACCUGUGCUUGCCUUGCUAUUUUUUAAUCAUCUCUUUUGCAGUUUUCCUCAAGCCAAUAUUUCCAAGUAAAUGAUGCCAUUUGGUAGUGAGUACUUGCUACUUGUAUCUGAAUAAAAAUGAUAAAAUGUGGAAAUAUUUGACUUUUUCUUUUUGAUUAUUUAACUUUUCUUUUUAUUAUUUCCUUUCUUUGAUUUUAGCAAAACAGUAAAAA